AAUACACACAUCAUAUAUAUUCUGACAGGCAAGUCGUGUGUGGGUAGCUAUUUGCCUGAUAUGUGUGUGUGGAAGCACUGUGAAAUCCAAAGUUCCACCGCAAGAGAUUCUUAAAAGAUAUUUCUCACUCUUCACUUUGAUUUGUGUCGGCACAUUCAGCGCAUGACUUUCUGAUUUCUCAGCAGUAGAGUAUCUAAUCGGCAUCCUCCCCGUCAGUUUCCUUUCUGCUUCAGGAAAACUAUCACUACAAUGACUUUCUCAAAUUACUUCUAAAUUCAUCUUGAUGAUAUACCAAGCUGUUUCCAUGUGGACUAAGCAUAUUAUUUUGAUUUUGAUUUUGGUUAUUGGGGAUUGAUAAGGAAAUAUUACUUGUAUACUGUAAUAGUCUUGAAUGAGAAGAAAUAGUUGUUGUUUAUCUGAGGAUAAAAAUGGAUACGAUCAUACAGGAAGAAGAUGAUUCUGGUCUAACCACAGCACAGAUACUGAGGAAAGAUUUCAAGUCUACAUCAAGUACAUCAUGCAAAGUAGGGUUCAGUUCAGUCACAUUACCUCUUCAAGAUGUCUUAGACAGGCAGGACUUGGAGACCAGUCUGAAGAACUUUUGUGAGCAUAGAUUUCUGGAUAUGAACAUUAUCAUGACAAUUGACCUUGAGGGCACCAGACAAUUAGCAAUCUACUCAGUGGAUCAAAGUCUUAGGGCAAUGAUGGAAGAAAGACUACAAGGGUCUGUGCUGGAACUUCAAAGAAUAGACUCCAGUGUUUCAAAUUUAAGUGCCUUUGACCAACACAACAGGAAAGCAUCGAGAAAAGUUGUAUUACCACUUGUAGGAGACAUUAUAAGAACGCUUGAUAACAAUAGUGAUCAUGAGGAAGAUGACGAACAUGGGGAAAAUGGACCUGAAGAGAAUGUGGAAGAACUGUCAAGCAAUGUGAAUAAUGCAAAUAAUAUGGCCGAAGAAGGACAACAGAAUGGGAAGGUAAUGCCUGAUGACUGGGAAGGACCUGACCCAGAAACACUGCAUGAUAUUGAUAGAGGGAAUGUUAAGAUUGAAACAAGUGAUCACUUAAUGGGAAUAGAUCCUGGAAUGAGAUCAAGCUCAGCUAAUCCAUUUGGGGGAUCAGAAAACACAGAUCUCCUGGGAGGGAACCCAUUUAGUGUAACAACAGGGAGAAUAGAUGAGGGAGGGGAUGAUCCUUUUGACCCACUAUCUCUUAUAGGAAAUAACCUACAUGACCCCAAACAUAACAUUGAUAAUGUGAACGAUCCAUUUGGCUUAUCACUAGACCCAUUUUCUAGUGGAAUUACUCCUCGGCAAGUCUCACAUUCAAAUUCUUCCAAUCCCUUUGACUUGAAUACUGAUCCAUUCUCAAACAGUGAUAAUCUAUUAAUUCCCACAUCAGAUCCAAUUCCUACCCCGGGCAACCCUUUUAGUAACGAUUCGGGUCCAUCUCCAAGCCUCCUUGAUCUAGAUCCUAUCACUCCAGAUAGUCCAGACCAUUCUAAAUCAGCAGAAUCUCCUCAAAGUCCAUAUGCCCAACACACAGAAGAUCUCCUUGGUUCAUUUCUAGACCCCAUUUCAUUUUCAAAUGACCUUCCUUCCUUUGCAGACUAUCCAGUUUCAACAAUAGACAAAUCUUCACAUUUUGAAUCAAGAGAGAGUGUGGAUGAUCUAAUGUCUGAUUCCCUUAAUGACCAAUUUGACCUGUCCAUGACAAAAUCUGAUCCAUCUAUUAGCUUCAGUGACUCUUUAGCACAGGUACCUGAUGGUUCAUUGAGUGCAGAUGAAAAUUCUAUUUCAAUUUCAGAUUCUUGUCUAACCAUUACUGAGUCCCAAGACAUCCAUGAAGAACAACAUGAAAUUGUUAACGUCAAAUCACUAGUUGAAGAUUCUGACCCCUUUUCUUUGUCUCAAACUAGUACACAGCAGCCAAGUGAUCAAGUUCAAAGAGAUGACCCUUUUGGUAUGGAUCCAUUCAGCGUUGAAACACCUUCUGUCAGUCUUCAUCAAAUCAAGAUUGAAAGUGAAGCUAUAGAGAAUUCUAUAGGGUCUUAUGCUGAUGUUGGUUUGGUUAAAAUGAGUGAAUCAGCUAUUGAUCACCCUGAUGAUGAGUUAAGUUUACUGGAUAGUGCUCAAAGACAAACUUCACCAGAAGAAGGUGAACUUGAUGUGUCCAACUUGCCUGAGGAAGAGCCUGUCAUUAAAGAUGCAAUAGGUAUUGAAGAGCAGUCCAAUACUACUGAUCUUGCCUCUGUGGAGGGUAUUGAUGAAGGAAACUUUGGUUCUGAAGAUAUGCAAGAUACACCAUUACCUGUAGAAGUUUUUGUUUUAACAGAGCUUGAUAUGGGCAGUGACGUGAAUUUAGAGAUUUCAGAUCCAAAGAAAGACUUGCAUAAAGAAGUUGGAGAGAUUGUUGAUAUUGGGUCACCAGAUGAAAACUCUGACCAAGUUCCAUCAUCUCAAGUGAGUGAACAGAAGCCAAGUGACCAAUUUCAAUCAGAUAACCCUUUUGGUAUGGAUCCAUUCAAUAUUGAGACUUAUGGCAGUCUUGAUCAAAUGAAGAUUGAAGGUAAAGCUACAGAGAAUUCUAGAGGGUUUGAUGAUGAUCUUGGUGUGGUUAGUAUGAGUGAGUCAGCAGCUAUUGAUCCCCCUGAUGCAAUAGCCAGCACUCCUGCAGAAGUCAAUUCUGAUGAUGAGUUAAGUUCACUGGAUCGUGCUCAAAGACAAACUUCACCAGAAGAGGUUGAACUUGGCAUGUCCAAGUUGCCUCAGGAAGAGCCUGUCACUGAAGAUGCAAUAGGUAUUGAAGAGCAGUCCAAUACUUCUGACCAUGCCUCUAUGGAGGGUGCUGUUGAAGGUAACAUUGGUUCUGAAGAUAUACAUAGUAUUUCAUUUCCUGUAGAAGAUUUUGUUUUAACAGAGCUUGAUAUGGGCAGUGAAGUGAAUUUAGAGAUUUCAGAUCCAAAGGAAGACUUGCAUAAAGAAGUUGGAGAGAUUGUUGAUAUUGGGUCACCAGAUGAAGAUCCUGACCAAGUUCCAUCAUCUCAAUUGAGUGAACAGAAGCCUAGCGACCAAUUUCAAUUAGAUGACCCUUUUGGUAUGGACCCAUUCAAUAUUGAAACUUGUGGCAGUCUUGAUCAAAUGAAGAUUGAAGGUAAAGCUACAGAAAAUUCUAGAGGGUUUGAUGAUGAUCUUGGUGUGGUUAGUAUGAGUGAGUCAGCAGGAAUUGACCCCCCUGAUGCAAUAGCCAGCACUCCUGCAGAAGUCAAUUAUGAUGAUGAGUUAAGUUCACUGGAUCGUGCUCAUAGACAAACUUCACCAGAAGAGGUUGAACUUGACAUGUCCAAGUUGCCUCAGGAAGAGCCUGUCACUGAAGAUGCAAUAGGUAUUGAAGAGCAGUCCAAUACUUCUGACCAUGCCUCUAUGGAGGGUACUGUUGAAGGUAACAUUGGUUCUGAAGAUAUACAUAGUAUUUCAUUUCCUGUAGAUGAGUCAAGUUUACAUAAACUUGAUACAGAUGAUACAGCAGAUAAUUCAUAUUCGAACAAAGCAAAUCCGUUUGGUGGUGGUUCUCAUGAGAACACAGCAGACAUUCAGAGUGGCCUAGAUCCAUUUGGUAUGAAAGAGUUUAUUGGACAGAUUGCUGUGUCAAAUGAAGUACAAGUAGAUCCAGAACCCACCAGUAUAGUGGAUGAUACUCGAUAUCCUGCAGUGAAUGAAACCAAAAAUCAAAUGAAUAUCGAUCCAUUUGGGAUGAGUCCUUUUGAGAAAAAUCAGAGUUUUCCUCCAUCUGAUUCGCCUGUACUUCAUGAAGUUGAUCCUUUACCCAUAUCACUGAAUGAUCAAAUCCAUUCAAAUGAACAAGAAGUGGAUGCUGAUUCUUUCCUUGAUGAAUUACAAGGGGCAUUGCAGGAGAUAGAAGAGGAAGUUGUAUCUCUCCCUAAGACCCCAAGAAAUUCUUUUAGUGAAUCAAGUGUGGCUGAGGAAGAAGAUAGGAGCUUCAGCCAAGAACUGACUGAAAGAGAGUUGUCUGCAAGAUUUUCCAAUCUGGAAGAAUUACAGGGUGAAGCUGAUGUAGACUGUGAAGAUGAUUUUGAAGAAGAUGAUGAUGUGUUCCCUACUGAAAAUCAAUUACCUGAACAAUUGGAUGGAAGCAGUGGUAGCAAAGAAGGUACUCCAGGUGAAGAGAAUGCUGAAACUAAGUUUGAAGAUAGUGGUGUUGGAGAAAGAGAAAUCAUUGCAGAAGAAUUGGUUGAAGGUCAUGAAGUAUCAAAUGUGUUUACUUUUCAUGAUGAAAGUGAUAUUGAUAAUAUCAGAUCAGAAGACAAGAGUGAAACUAGGGAUAGGGAUAUGGAUGUGAGUAACACUUCUUUGUUCAACAGGGAAGCUGUUAACUACAUUGGGGAUAUUCUCAAUAGCAAUUUGGUGGAUAAUGCAGUUGACAUCAAUAUAAUCAAUUCUGGUAAUAGGGUAUGUUCUGAUGGUGAAAAUGAUGUUCAACAUUCUCCUGAAUAUAAUUCUUCAAAAAUUGUUUACACACCUUCAAUCUUUGAACCAAAUUCUGACCCUCUUGUCAUCAUACAAGCAAAUGAAACAAAACGUCUGCUUGAGAAGAAGAAUGACAAUCAAAAUCAUGUUGCUGAGAAGAUCUUUGGUGCAGGCAUUGGUCUAUCAGAGUCUGCUUCCAAACUAGAUACCCCACCCAUUCACAGUGAUGAGCAAUCUUAUGAUUUUAAGGACAAUGUGGAUGUGGCAGUUGCUUCAGAUCAUGCGCUUGAAGGUUGUGACAAUGUAAUUGAAGAAAGUAGUCUCCCUGAAGUUAGUGUUGUUCAUGGGGCUUCACCUGUCAUGCAGAUUGAAAAUGUGGGAAGCGCACAAGGAAUUGACAAUGAUGGUGUAGAGGACAGCGAAGGAAAUGUGAAUUAUGUUGCUGAUAUGCUUGCCAAGAAUAUGGUUGAAAAUUGUGUAGAUAUCAACACAUACCAACCCAGAGAUGAUGUGGUUGAUGACAGAGAGGACAAUAAUGUCUACAGUCAUGCAAUAUCUGAUUGCAGGCCUAAAAUCAUGGAAACAAAUACUGAUCCAUUGGUUUAUAUCCAAGCUAUAGAAACUGAAUACAUGUUUGACAGGAUAAGAACAAAUGAAGAUAACCAUGUUGCCAAAAUGCUUGCUGAUGACAUGCUUAAUGAAGCCAAAGGGAUGACCCAUGCUGAUGGAUCAGUUUCAGUGUCUUCAAGUGGUAUGAGUAACAACAUGAAUGACAGAGCAGACUCUAUGACGGGUGAUCUUCUAGAUCAGUCCUCUUAUCCCCAGAAUGAACAUGGCAGCAUUAAUCUUGCCAAAAAUAAAGUAGAAAUUAACAGUGUUGAUAUAAUCACUAAUGCAAUGGUUGAAGAACCAGAUGAAAAUAUUCUUGGGAACAAUUAUGUUAGCAAAAUACCAGAUAUUGUGUCAAAUGAUGAAGGAUAUGAUUUUUUUCCUGGUCUCGGUGCAGAGGUUCAAGCUCCAGUUCCUGAUGAGCUUAAUCUGUCAAACUCUCAAUAUGAUGAUGAAACAGGUGAUCAUGAUGGUUUAGAAAAGAGAGAUGUGAUAUUUGAAGAUAGGGAUGAUCAAGCAAUCAUUACAGAAGAUGUUGCAGUUUCAGUACGAGAAGAUGAAAUCUCAAGAGAUGUCGAAGAUCUGGUGGAUAUUAUUGAAGAUGAAGAAAGUGGGUUUAAAGAAGGAGACAAUGAUGACAAUGUUGGUGAAGUUCUUGCUGAAGAUAUUACCUUUGAAGAAGGUGAAAGUAUGAUGAGUACUCCAGAUCUUCUGAUGUCCACGAAGUCUGAUAUGAGAGAUGAUUUCUUUCAAAACAUAGGCAGUGCAGAGCAUUCCUCUCCACAAGGCAGUGAUGAUGAGGAAAAUGAUGUUGCUAAGGGAACUUUUGGGAGUCAGCUAUCCUCAGAAAGUGAUGAUGAAGAAUCUCGAGAUCAGACCUCAGUCGAUGAAGAUGGAAUUAUUGAUGUUGAGAAUGAUUGGUCUCCAAAUGACAUCAAGGUUGAACUUUCCACUGAAGAGUAUACUGUCAAUGACACAUUAACAAUCAACAAACCAUGUACAACAACAGGAACACCUUUGUCACCUCUACUGGAAGAAACAGAGAUACCUGAAGAGGUGUCAAAAACAACUAUUGAGGGUGUAUACGAAGAUUCAACAGAACAGCUGUCAGGGCAGGAUGAUAAAAACCAAUAUAGCCAUGAAAGCUACAGUGAAGAUGAGGACUGGGAAGAAGAAUUUCCAGGCCAUGAUGAGAAUGCUGCUGUUUCACCUACUGUAAUGUCUGGUGAUCUUGGGGCUGUUGAGUCUGUUGGUAAUAAUGGUUCUGGUGUUACUCUGUUGGUUUCAGAUAAAGAAAAUGGGUCAGAUGCAGGUCAUGGUGAUGAUAUCAUGGAUGCCAUAGAGGAAAUAGAAGAAGAAAUUGCUCCAAGUGCUACAAAUAAAACAUAUGAUGUUAUCAGUGAUGACAAAGAUGAAGAAAUCGAGGAAGAUACAGAACCCAUAUCAAAUGAAGAAAACAAGGAUAUUGAAAUUGCCAAAGUUACAGAUCAGUCCAAUGAAAGCCCCCCUGAAGUCCAAAUCAAUGAAGAGGUUCAGCAUUUUGAUGGAGCCCCAUUAGCAAAGUAUUCAGAUAAUUCAGAGACACUCCCUGAUGUGCAAUGUGAAGAAAAAGCUCUCUGGAAUGAAAUGAAAUAUCCUGGGGUUACUGAUAUAAGUGAUCAAACUGUCCAGAAAACACAAUCUGAGAUUAACACGUUAGAUGUUGAAAGUAGGGAAGAAGGGAAGGAAAAUAGUAAGGAAUUUGGAGAAGAUCAGGUUAUCAUUUCAGAAACAAUCUCAGAUGACAUUGCACAUGAAAACAUAGGAUAUGCUGGUAGGCAAAUGGAUGACAAUGUCCUUGAUAAGUCAUCAGAAUCAGGGGGGUCAGAAGAGUUGCAUGUUCGUGAGAAAGAGCAUGAAAUUGAUAAUGUGCAUCUUGAGACAUUUAAUGAUGGAGAUAUGCUAGAAAGAAACAGUAAUAAACCUUCAUGGGAUGGGACUUACAGUAAUCAGGGACAAAGUGAAUUCAUUGUAAAGGAUAGGAAAGUAAUUGAAACAAUGCAUGCCAGCAUGGAUUCUGAAAGCUUAGCUGAAGAAAUGCCUAAUGCUGAUAACACUCCAGCUAAUGCCACAAGCAUGCACACAAUUGAUGAUAAUACUGAGUUAGAUCAAUCUGAAGAUCAGGAAUCUAUUUCUCCAAAUGAGAAUGCUGAUACUCCAGGGUUACCUUCUUUUGAAGCUGUUCUUGAAACUAGCAAUGAUUUAUUGGAAGAAGAGGAUGAAGACCACACAGAAAAUGUUGAGAGUGAUUUAAUUGCAGAAGAAGUAGUAACUUCCUCUGUCACUGCUCCUGAACACAGCUUGGAAAUUAAUGAAAAUGGAGAUAAAAUAUCUAUUGAAAGUGAAAAGGGAAACGAUUCUAUCAGAGGAGAAGUUGAAACAUUUUCCUAUCCUACAAAGUGGACUGAUGUGGACCAAGAAACAACAGAUAUGGUCUUUCCAGAUUUGAUGGUCAAAGACAUUAUCAACAAUGACUCCAGUGAAGAAGAUGUAGCUGAAAAGGAUGAACGACAGAAAGAAACAAUUUUGGAAGAAGAAAACCCAGAGUUUAAACCAGAAUGUCAUGAAAAUGAAGAGGCAAUUUCUUCAGAUAAUGGAGAUAGAAAUGGGGCUAUCAGUGGUGAAGGAGCCAAAAUAUUUUCUUAUCCUACCAAGUGGACGGAUGAGAAACAAGAGGCAACAGCAGCUAUCUUUCCAGAUUUAAUGGUCAAAGAUGUUAUCAACGAUGAUUCAGGUGGAGAAAAUUCAUCUGACAUUGAGCAAGAAAUUGUCUUAGAAACUGUUGCAAGUGAUAUUGAUCAAAGAAAUUCUAUCCAGGAGCAAGAGAGCAUUCCUGAACAGGUCAUUACAAAGGGAGACCAAUAUCAUGUGGAAGAUGAUCUGGACAGUCAACAGUCUGCUUAUGAGGAAGAGUUCAGACCGGAAGAAAAAGUGCCAAGAUCAGCUUUAGUAGAUAAAGUACUUGUUAGAAUGUUGGCCGAGGAUAUGUCCACAAAUGAAUAUGUACCUAGUGAAGAUGAAAUGAUUGAAAUUGCAGACGUGUCUGCAAUGCCAAAAGUAGAAGUAGAAGAUGCUAAUGUUCAUGAGAUAAGAGCGGGGAAUAAUGUAAGUAAUGACAUUGGAGAAUUAGAUUCUCAAGUUGAGAAUUCUGACAUAUCUUCGGAGGCUCAAAGUAAAAAAGAGAUUACCAUCAGUAGUCAGGAGGAAAAUAUGGUAGAGAGUUCUCCUUCAAUAUCAGCUGGUGCCAUCUGUGAUGUCAAUCAUAUAACAGAUGAUGGUAGUGGACAAGAUACAUCACAAGACCUUGGAGAUGGAGUAAUGGAUAAUAGUAGCUCUUAUGACAUUACAGUAUCCCUGAAUGAUGAUAUUGUACAAGAUGAAAGUGAUCCAGAGGACAUCACUCCAGCUAAUGACAUUGAAACUGAGACAGUAAGGACCCAAGAUCUUUCAGCAACAGAUGCUAGUAUAACAGAUGUUUCAAUAAGUGAGCAAGAGACAAAAUCAGAUGGUUCAAGUGGGCAGUCUUACCUUAUAGUAGAACCAUAUGAAAGAUUCAUCAUUUCAGACAUUGAAGAAGCUGAUGAAGAUAAUGAGGUUGGUGAUGGUUUAAAAGGUAAUCAAGCAACAGAGGGAAAGGAUUCCGAAUACGUUAUUGAAAACUGGUUUAAUGCUCGGAGUAUGUCUUCUGAGAUUGGUGAAGUACUUACUGAAGAAGAAAACAGGCAAAAAGAAGCCUAUGAAAAAUGGGGGGAACCCCUUGCUUCAGAUAUUGAUUCGGAUAUUACAGAAACACAAAUGGCACCUCUCAAAUCCGGCCUUGACAAAAUUUCUGAAGAAGUUGUCGAUGUCUCAAGCACUCCAAUGGAAGCCUGCAGUACCAUAAGAAGGAUUCAAGAUGGUUUAGAAACACAAAAUUUUGAGAAUCAAGAUGUUUUCCUGCAGGACAAGUACUUUGAAAAUUCAUUUGGUGAAGAUUUAUCAGAUGCAGAUAGCAAUAAGACAGAUCAAGAAGGAGAGCUUGUCUGUGAUGACAUCGGUGAGGAGAGGGAAGGAGAAUCCAGUCAAGAUAAAACUGAAAUCAUUGAUGAUGAUGAUGAAAUUGUUCGCUCAAUGGCAAAAGAAUAUGUCAACCAAGUUGUCAUGGAUGCUGCUGUCUCAUACAGGAUGUCUUCUCAGUUUGCAAUGACUAAUAGUGGAGACAUAGAUUCUACUAAAGAAGACAGUCCAGUUCAAGAGAGAAGAGGGGAAGAGACUCCCGAAGCUACAACAUGUGCUAUCUUUGAACAAGCUGCAGAAGAAUAUAUAGAUCAUGUUGUAACUCAGGAUGAAGAAGCACAACCAAAGAUUACAGAUGAUAAUGUUGAAGGACAAGACGGUUACACUGAAGAGGAUAUUAAGUUAAACGAUCCAGAUGAAACUGCUCCAGAAGUCCUUGUUUGUCGAUAUACAGAACCAAGAGAAACUGCUAUGCCUUUCAUCAUGGAAUCGGGAGAAGAUCUUGAAGAUACAGGAGAAGAGAGCAAAUCUCAAAACACAAAUGGAGACAUUAUAAAUGUUGUUCCAGUCUCAAUUUAUUCAGACAUGGAGGAUCAGUCCAAUACUCUUCAAGAAAUUGUACCAGUUGUUGAAAAUAUGCCAGUCACAGAAACAGCCUUAGCAUAUGUAAUGGAAUCAGAACAUUAUGCUUCAAGUUAUGAUGAAGAAGAUGUGGAAAGUGAUGAUGAAGAAAACACAACAGAUAGAGCAGAAAAUAGAUUUGAUGAUGACUCAUCUUCAGCAGCACAGACAGUUCCGCAAGUAAGAGUAACCCCUGGUCUUUUGACAGAAGAUAGCUCUGAUUCAGAAAUAUCUAUAGGGGAGAGCAGAGAUGUAGGUGAGGGAAAUGAACAAGUUGGGUAUGCUGCAGUAGUUGAGGAGCUGAUUGCACCAGUCACACCAUCUGAAGUACAAACCAAUCCAACCAACUUUUACCACCUAAGUAAUGAUGAGGAUGAAUUUGAUGUCUCGUAUUCUGAUCUGUUGGAUGAAUCAAAGAAACUUGAGAAUGACAUUGCAAUGAUGUCAGCUGAUGUUACUCCACAAGUUGAUAUACAUGUGUCACCAGCAUAUGACGCGGCUGUCAUUGAAGAUGAAAUAGGCUCUGAGUUCCUCCCAAACAUCAAGUUAUCAGUAAGUGACCAGACUCAAAAUUUGAACAAAGAAAUUGUUAAUUCAGAGGAAGUUGUUGUGCCACUCAAACAAGGUGAUUUAGAAACAUUGCCAUCCAAGGGGUUUGAAGAAGAAUCAAAUGUUCAUGGUUCAGAAGAUGAAAGUAUGGAUAUUGAGGAGGUAGCAAGGAAUUUAGUUAAUAAUAUCAUCAAAAAGGCAACAGAAAAUUAUGUUGAGUAUGAAGAGCCAAGCAUCAAAGAGGAUGUGGAUGAAAAUAUGGUGCAAGAAGGAACAGUACCACAAGAUGGAGAAGAUGAUGUAUUUGAAGAAAAUGACAAUUUUGAUGAUGCUAGUAUUCCAUAUUACAAAGGGAAUGCUGAUGCAACUUCAAUGCAAUCUUCUCGAGACUACAAGAAAACAGUGAGCCUUGAAGAAUCUCUUGUUGCUGGAAAUCUAUUAGCUGAUUCUGAUGAUGAUGGUGAAGCAAGUAAAAUUCCACGUCCUACAGAGCUUCCUCUCCUGACUGCUUCAGGGCGAGGACUCCUCACUUCUCCUUCCAAGAAGAGCCGUCUAGCUACCUCUACUCCAGCAGGAAUGUCUCCAGGUUCUAUUCUCUCUGGGGACACACCAGUCAGCCUAUUCUCACCAGAUUUUGAGAGUGUGACAAGCACUCCAGGCAGUCUGUCUGACCAAGAGGCUGAAGUAUUAGAUACAGGGAAUCGUCUCCUUCUGAUGUCACCAUUUGAUAAGAAGAGCAUCUCAGUGGAUGAGAGUGUUACCAAGAAUCUUGAAGAGGAGUGGGAUGAGAAGGAGGCCAUUCUCAAUGCAAUCAGAGCCAAACAAGAGGAGGCAGAGAGACGGAACAUGCAGUUAGAAGGUCCAACUUCCCGUCAGAUGUCUUUAGACUCUGAGGAAGCCAUGAGGAGGAUGCAAGGUGUGUCUGUAGAUGAUGAAUGGCAAGAUGAUGAAUACACUAGACAAUCACUACAAGGAAACAAGGAUGGAGUCAAGAAAUCAGAAGAAUCUGAUUCCUUCUAUAGGAGACCUGUCCCAAAGGAUGAACGUGAAGCUGGUGAUGGAGCUGAACACACUCUUUCAUCAGAUGGUGUUGUCUUACGUGAGAAGAAGCUGACAAGACCCAAUACGUUAUUGAAUAGACUGAGUGUACAGAGUGUGAACUCAGUAUUUAGUGAGGGCAGCAUUGAUUUAGAGAACAUCAGUGAUGAAGAUGAAACUGAAGCAGAGAAGGCUCAUAGUCAAUCACGGAAGACAGCAUCUAAUCAUGGUGACCCAUCAGGAGCUCGACCCAAGGAGAAGAGAAAGAUAAGAGCAGAACUAUCUCUUAAUCUAGAUGAUACUAUCACAACACCACAUAAUGAUGAUGGAACCGCUCCUGCUAUCCUUACUCCAACUAGUACAGAGAUGUCAUGGGAAGAUGAUACACCAAUGAACAAAGCAGAACCAAUUGAAGAGUACACUGCCAGGGAAGAGCAUGAAGAUAGAUGGAGAUGGAGAAAGGUUAACCUAGGAGGCAAAGACUAUACUAUUGAUAUGAAGGCAAUCAAUCCAUACAAGAAAGUAUUAUCUCAUGGAGGUUACUACGGUGAAGGUCUGAAUGCCAUCAUUGUCUUUGCUUCAUGCUACCUACCUGAGAAAUCUAAGAAGGAUUAUACCUACAUCAUGAACAAUCUCUUCCUCUAUGUUGUAAGCACAUUGGAACUACUAGUGGCUCAGGAAUACAUCAUCAUCUAUUUCCAUGGUUCUGCAUCUCGUGCUAAGAUACCUUCUCUAGGAUGGAUGAGAAAGUGUUACCAGAUGAUUGAUAGAAAACUGAGGAAGAGCCUGAAGGGGUUGUAUCUGGUGCAUCCAACAACAUGGCUCAAGGCUAUCGUUCAACUCACUAAACCUUUCAUUAGUCACAAGUUCAGCAACAAGCUUAAAUUUGUCAAGUCUCUGACUGAGCUGAAAUCAUUGGUUUCCAUGGAGUAUGUCUAUGUUCCUGAAGAGGUCAAAAGAUUUGACCAAAACAAGAAUAAGGGUGGCGGUACAAUAUGGGGGUGGAUAGCUGGUCCUCCUCCCGUUGACGAUGAAGACUGGUUCUCCCUGGAAGAAGGUUAUGAUUCUGAUUACUCCAUCACAGCAGAUUUCCUUUUGUCUCCUCACAAUCCACCCAACUGGCAUCGCCGACGGCAACGUAAACGUCUACUCAUCAAAGCAGGGCAUUUCAACUUCUCAUCCUCGGACGAGGAAGGUGGGAAGGAAGGAGAGACAGGUGGAAGACGUCAUCGUAGAAACUUACGCCAACAACACCAAGAGCAACGUCCUCCACCCACAUCUUCAUCGCACCAUGAGGAUGAGAGCAUCGUGUCCACAGCCGGUAGUAUUGGUAUCAACCUUGGUCCGGCCAUUAGCCCUCAGGAUUACCUCACUGAAUGGUACUUCAAGCGCAGAACACAAUCAUGCAGUGGAUUUAUUGAAGAUGAUACCUUUUCAUACAAUCACAUCAUUGCCACGCCUGAGGUUGAAAGACGUACAUGGAAGGAAGUGUUUGGUGAUGCAUUAGACCAUGGUAGUAUCGAGUACGAUGGAGAAGAUGAAGAUGAGGAUGCUGAUUGUUGUGAUGGUAACUCAGCUACUGAGAGCCAUGGUCAAUUAGAAUUAAGUUCUUAAAUAUGUAUUUGCUUUCUAAUAAUUUGAAUACUAUUUUCUCCCCAUUAUUCAGUUAAUGUUGUAUACUCAUCAUUAUUCCCCUUACAUUGGAUUUAAGAAAAUAUAUAUUAUAUUGCAUAGAAUAAUUUCUUGUUAUUACUUAUUGUUUAUCUUGCUAUAAAGGAUAAGCAAAAAGAUAAUUUCUUCGUUUGUUUUUCAUGGGGUAAUGUUUCACUGUAACUUCAACUUGUUUUAUGGUAUUUCAAAUUAACUUUACAGCACAUAAUCCAGAGCUAUUCAAUUCUAAUAGAAAUUACAAUUUGCUUUUUAACUGCCAGUUAAUUAAAAACAAGGUGACAUUCAGACAAUUUUACAAAGUAAUUUUUUAUUUCUUGUCACAAAAGUUGUAUACAUUGCUAGAAAUCAGUUAUUGUGAGGUGUUUAGUGCAAUAAAUUUGUCAUGAAUUGUGUAAUUAUUAAGAGUAAACUGAACAUUUUAUUGUACAAUGUACUUAUUGCUGAGAACAAAGAAGGAGGGAUCAAUAUGUAUUUAUAUAAUGGAAGUAUAUAGUUAUAAGUGUGAAUAUUGAUCAAAUAAUAUUUUGGAUUGUUCAGGUAUGUUUAUGUGUUUGUCUGGUUUCAAAGUUUGGUAUAAUGGUUUUAUGGAAUCAAACAUAUUUAUAUGUUUUAGACCUUUAUUGUGGAAUGUUCUAUUUUAAUUUAAUUUCAAAGUUUAAUUAUAUUUACUUGUACAUUUUUUAAUAUGAAAUAAAGCAUAGCCAUUUUUUGGUGUCUCCAUGCUUUAAUCUACAUGAAACUAUAAUAUUCAAUUUAGCUAUGUAGUACCAUGAAAUUAAAAUUUGAAUGUGUUACUUAUAUCAAGUCUUUGUUUCAGAUUUUGAAUUUCUUUUGUGAUUGAUAUGUCUGUGCAGAAAUGCAUUUUCUGCAAUAGAUUGUAUGAUGAAAGGACAUUUCUUAAACACCUAUUUCCUGUGAAGUUAUAACUUUGGUUUUACAAUGACUUGUCCAUAUGGAUUACGAGUAACUCUUUUAGGCAUCUUGACAAAAGUCACCAAAAAAAAAAAUGGAAAUCCGGGGAAGCCAUAGUGAAAGGUGCCGAUUCCUGCUCAAGGAUGUGGCAGAGAAUUUUGUCAAGAUUUUUUUUAAAGAAGUUGACAAUAGCAUCAUCAGAUAACAUUCUAUUAGAAUAUUCUUUUCUAUUGAUGAAUUUCAUUAUCUAUGUACACAGAAUUUUUAUGCUACAUGUAUUGUUUGUUUGGACCAUUUCUAUACUAUUUGUACAUGUAUGGUGUCAUAAAUUCAUUGAAUUACUGUAAUAUUGAUUAAAUAAGGGCAGUUCUCCCCCCCCCAAAAAAAAAAAAAAAAACCAAUCCAACCUGUUAUUUGAGUUUUUAAGACAUGUAUCAUUCUGUUACUAAUAUAAAUGCCUUUAAUCCAUUCUGCCUUACUUAAAGCCUUCUAUUUAGUCUUAUAACUUUCAUAAAAUAGAUUUAUUAAAUCUCGGUCCUGCACCCGAGUUGUAUACAAUUAAUAAUAUCCCAAUAUCGUUUUUAAAAAAUGCUUAUAUCACAAUAUGUAAUGUAAUUUAGUAUUGCUAUGUGUAUAUUGCUCUGAUUUGAUAAAAUUUAUUACAUUUUUGAAAUUCCUGUGACAUGUCUUUUCAUGUAUUUUAAUAUUACGUAUGCACAGUAUUAGAACUAUAAUAUUUUUGCUAGCAUCUUAUUUGAAUCUAUUUAUAUUCCUAUUUUUUUCAAUUCAGAUUUUAGUGCCUCUCCUUCCUAAUAGAAUUAUUACCUAAAUAAUUUUUGGCUUAAUAUUGACUAUUAAGAAAGCAUUUGCUACCUUCUAUAAUUUAAGUUGAAAAAUCUUCACCAUAUCAUUGUUUUUAUCUUUUUUUCUUUUAUUGAAUUACACAUUUAGGCUAUGAUUGUAAUCUGAAAUCAAUCUAUGAAUGCCUUAUUUCGCAAAUAAAUCAUAUCCACGCCUUUUCAGAAUGAUGAAUAUUGUGAAUAGAUAGAUUAUAGUAUGAAAGUCACAUAUGUCAGGCUAUGUGAAAGAGUUUAUAUGCUUUAUAUAUUGAAAAGGAAAGUUUGGAAGAUUCAGUGAAUAUCUGUGUAGAGGACAUCCGGUGAUCAAAUUUCAAUACUGGACUAGUUUAAUAUAGUCAAUUUUAAUUAAGGUAGGGGAGAUUUUGAUUAUUUUAUAGCGCAUACUGAUUAUUAUUCAAACUCUUUAAUCCACAUUGUUUAUUGUCAUAUAAUCUAUCAAAAUUACUUUUCUAACAAGUCUUCCUCUUUUCAAUUGCUUUCAAGUGAAUUCCAAAGUGAUAUGAAUUUAAUUAAACCAUCUUGUUAUUAGUGCAUAUUUAGUUCUAUGAAUCUUUUUUGAGAUUUAAAAUCUAUUUUAUUACUUGUGGGAUUGAAUUUGUACAGAAAGUCUAAUGUAGAAAUUAUAUAAUUCUUAUUGGUAUACAUUUCUAAAUUUGAAAUAUGAAGUCAUUUAAUAGGAUAAGAUAAGUAGUACAAUAGUCUGUGACUAUGGUUAUGAAUUGAAGAGAGGGAGGCCAGUACUUAAGAUGCAUUUGUAGUGUGCUGCUUUUGUUUUUUCCAUAUCUGCAAUUUUGGCUUAAAAUAUUAUUGAAAUAGUCAGUACUUGAAAUCUGCACAUGGUUAUUGAAACUGAUGAGGUUUUCAUAGGUCUCUCUCAGAAUAUAAAAUUGAUAAUAAUCUAAUAUCAUGCACAAGUGCAAACAUAAUGGGUUGAAUUCAAAAUAAAGCAUACAGAUAUAAACAUA